AUGCGCGAAAGAGAGGAAGAAAAAGAAGGCGGGGGUCAAAUCCGAUGGCAAAUGAUUUACGAGGAGCCAAAGAUGGAACGGCCAGACGGCGGUCGACAUGAAACGAAUUCAAAUUUCUUCGCCGCCUUGCACGUGCCAACAAAUCCCUGCUCUUUUCCGAGUCGUGUUUCAGCUUUUUCCAUUCGGAUCGGAGCAAAAAAGUCGGGAGAGGAAUUUUGAAGAAAAAUGGGACUGCUUUGUCGUUAUUUUAGGAAAAUUCAGUGGCUUGAAAUAGAUUUUUUGGUGCUCGUAGUACAAUUUUCUUCUCUACGGAUCGUAAGAAUUUUAUAUUGGAAGUCAAAAAAUGAUGAUCAAAUUUUUACGACCGCCCGAAAAAUGUAAAUUUUGUCAUGGGAAAGCGGAUCCUUUUGAAUUUGGUUCUCAUGAAAUUUUUUAUUGAUACUUUAUCGGAAAGUUCAUCCUUGUAUCAUUUUUUUUUCUUUUUGUACGGAAAAUACAAACUUCGUUAUUCAUGAUGCUUCUGUGCUUCAUUAAUGACUUCUAAUAGCGAAAUCUUAGGUUUUUGAUCGUUUUUGAACUCUGGAGGAGGUUCAAGCUGUGCACAAAAACUAAAACUUGUUACAAGAUUUUUUUAAUAUCCUAAAGGUGAUCGUCCAAAAUCUCCUUACAGGUAAGUUCGCUCUAUAUUUCUAAAGUUAAGAAAACUUUUGUAUCCGUGGCAGCGCCCGACACAAAACUGCUUACGCGUAGAGGCAUUAGAAAAUAUUCAAAAAAAUCACUGAAUCGGCUUCAGACACGAAUUUAACCGCGACGUCAUCGCAAUGCUUUGAGCCAUUCCCACUGCGACCAUCAUCAUAAGUUUUUAUUCAUUUCAUGAUAAUAAAAAAACGGAAGAAGUGACCCCGUCUGAUUUCUUAAGCCUUUCCAAACCCCUUUCAGAUUUUUUUCUCUCAUCAAAGAUCAAGCCGAGACUCGACCUUCCUUCCAGUUAUCAACAACUCUUUCUCCCUCGAGUACCAGCCUGUUCCGACCCAAAAAGACGAAAAAAAGAAGAAAUCUCUGACAAAAAGCCGCGAAUUCUCGACGGAAGGCACGGCUGCCAACUCGGCCACCGACAUAAUUCACCGACGAGCGCCUCCCUCGAGGCCUCGGGUCGAAAUCCCCCACCGAAACCAACCGCUGUGUCAGUUUUUGAAGGCUCCGGGAAGUACUUUCUUGGAGAGCCAAACAGGAAAAAGGUUCUAGGUUUUUUUUUCUCGGAAAAAGUGGCCUUUAAUUAAUUUAUAUCAGAAAACAAAGAAAAAAAUCGGGUCUCGAUAAGGCAAAUCGGACGCGCCCGAACGUUUCUGAGCUCUUUUAGGGAUCACUUAGGAGUUCUACUUUUGGAAGUUUUCAUAGUUCUUCAAUUGAUGUAUGACAAAAAAACAAAAGAAAAUUUCGGAGUGGACUUUGAAAUAAACUGGAUUUUUAUCAAAAAAAGAUAAUGAAAAAAAGUUUUUUUGGUCCUCCUUACUAGGGCACGUUUUUACCCCCACGGCUGAAUUUUUAGAAGAAACUUUGCUGAAGUGUACUUUAAGAGCUCCUGGAUCCAGGACAAAAAAAUUAUGUCUCGCAAUACAUCUUUUUUUCAAAUUAAAACGCUUCAAAGGCUUGACAUAGCGCUUUUCUUUUGUCAUAAUUUGCGUUUUUUGCAAACUUUUUAGCUUUCAAAUCGAAAACAAGAUCUAAUGCGAGCAAUUUUUCACUGGUGGAGUCAGGAAACCCUUUUUCUUGAUUUGUAAUCAGAGGUUCCAUUUUAGCAAAGUUUCAAUAAAAGUUCAACGACGGCCUAGUCAGACACGUCUAGAGAGUGAGAGCUUGCGCGAAACUGUUUCGAAAAAAGCCUCUGCUAGGUGUCUCCCAAAUGCAACUCGUCAAAAAGGGGGAUGUCUGGCGCCGAGUGGGUCGUCGUGCUGCCUGUAAACGUCGGCCACAUCGAUCAUCUUUGGCGCAUCUGUGCAGGGCCGGUCGGCCGGCGAGUGCAAGUGUUUACGGUCCUUUCCUCUCCUCUGGGGAUCUCAAAACUUCGUGAAGCCCUCAGAACUUUGUCGGAAGCUCACGUCUUCUGGGAGCCGACGGCUCCGAGUGUGAGUGACAGUCGUCUGUCAGCCAGAUGGCCGUCAUACACGGAUUAA